AUGAAGGGAUGGGAAUUAUUUUUCUUAGCCCUUCUGGGCUUCGCUUUGGGGCAAGGACCGGAAAAACGUCGGACGGGCAAUGUAUGCAGCGUGGACAUGGACUGCCCGGACAACGCGUUCUGUCGCCUCAACAGCUACUGCGUCUGUAAAGAUGGAUUCGUGUACGCAGCCGUUAAUAGCACGCAUAAAGGGUGUUUGAAAGAGGCUCGUAUUGGUGAGGAAUGCGUGCAACACAUCCAGUGUCACUCCACUACGGGCAUCCACUCGGAGUGCACCAAUGGUGUCUGUGCCUGUGCACCUACCGCGCACUUCGAAGACGACCGGUGUUAUGAAACUGCCGUUAUCGGUGACCGUUGCGUGGUGGACCAGAACUGCUACUUAGGAGACCAGAGCACCGAGCGCCAGGCGUUCUGCGUGCGAGGAUACUGCACGUGUCAGCUACAGUUCAGCCCAAGGGACAAUGGCACGAGAUGUGUGCGCGAUGCCACAUUAGGCGAGGAGUGCGAGGAUCAGAUGCAGUGCGCCGGCGCAGGUCUGGAGUGUCGGGGCACGUGUCGCUGCAGAGACAACUGGGUAGCUCAUAAUGGCUCCAACUCCUGUGUUGAAUCCGUAAAAGCCUUGAACGAGUCGUGUGAGUACGACGUGCAGUGUGACGGUCUGGCCGGACUGCCGGAAGCACGGUCGCCGGGCGCGGCGCUGUGUCUGGGCGGGACCUGCGCAUGCGCAUAUAACGCUCGCGCUGCCGGCACUCCGGCGCGGUGCUGGCAUCGACGCCGGCCCGGACAGGAGUGUAAGAGGGAUGAGGAAUGCGUAUCAGAAGAGAACGAGCCAGGAUACUGCCUCUCCGGUCGUUGCACGUGCAAGAACUGUUCCCCAGACGCCAAAGACUUCGGUGGCGCCGCCACAUUCUCCCGCCCGCCAUUAAUCCUGUCCGCCAUCUUGACAAUUGCCGCCAUUUUGAGAUACCAGCUGUAA